AUUUGAGGAAGAAGAAAUUUUAAUUGUAGUUGGGUGAAGCCUCCAAUUCUAUGAUAUGUACUCAAAAAAAAAGCGUUCCGGUUCAGAAAAUUUUCCAUUUCGAGCACUGUCUGUGCAGCAAACGUUUUAAUAUCAUUCCAACCUAUACUUUUUAGGAAAAUAUUUACAAUAGUUAUUAGAGACAACAAUGACAUAUUUUCAUUAGAUAAUUAUGUUUUUUGGUAGUUCUUGACUAAUUUUAAAACUGAGAAGGAUCUAGAAAAUUUCAAAACUUGUUGACGCCGUCAAAAAAUUGGCGCCUGCGGCAGCUGCCCUCUUUACCCUCCCCCUCUUAACCCAGAAUUGAAUAUUACUAUUACGAUCAUUAUCGAAAACGGAAUCGCAUUUGUGUUUUCACAUCAUGAAUAGUGAAAAAUAUGUAGUAGGAUCAAAAAGUUCCCGGAAAUCAAAAAUUUCAUUUUAUUUUUUUAUAUAUAUACAAUUUAAAUAUAAAUCUAUUUAAUCUCCUUCAAAAUAUUGUCCUUCAGCACAGACAUACUUAUUCCAACGACUUUGAUACUGCUCGAAACAUCUAUUGGAAUGGCUCUGAGAUACGCUAUCACGUUAACUGCAAUCGUCCCAAAAUGUUCACUUUUGAGUCCAAGUUUUAGGUUAGAAAACAGCCUGAAGUCACAUGGAUAUCUGGUGAAUACGGGUAAGUAAUUGUGGAUAUUCCUACAAGACAUAUGUAUAAAAUAUACAGGAAGUCAAUUCAUAUUAAAAAAAUUACACGUUGACUUUGAAAAGGCUGCUCACCAAGCCGCGUAUGAAGUUUUUGAAAAUGUACAAUUAAUAGCUUGUCGAUUUUAUUUAGGCCAAUCAUGGUGGCGAAAAGUAGGAACAAAAUAAUUUCAAAUCAAAUAAUCAUACAUUAAUUGUAUUCUUAAUUAUUAUAGAUAAACAGCGAUUCUAUUCUCAGAAUAGCCUAUAAAAAAGAAAACGGUGAACUAGGAAAUUGAAUAAAGAGUUUUUUUGGGGUAGCUUUUCUUCCCAGUCAUGAAGUAGCUGAUGCAUUCGUCGAACUCAUGAGUGUCUGUCCAAAUGAUAGAGUCUGCUCAGAAUUUAGCGAUGACAAAUCUCCAUUUCCCCCAAAUAUGUGGGCUAAAGAACCUAUGUUUGAUCCAAGAACAACAAAUGCGGUUGAACGUUUUCAUAAAAUUUACAAUUCACAAUUCUACAAGUCUCACCCACACAUACACUUGGUAAUUAUGGUUUUACAAGAAACUCAAGCUGAAACGAUGACGAAAAUUCGGUCAAUUGAAACUGACUGUCAUAAAAAUAUGAGUUUUAUUGAAAUGCAAAAAAUUAAUGCAACUAUUAUGGCUUACAAUGAAUAUUUAAAAAAUAAACAUUCUUAAGAUUUACUGAAAUAUUUA